UCCACCAACUAAAACAAGCUCAAACAUGGCGGUCGACGAGCCCGUGAGCCCUGUAGAGAGGCUGAUGAAGGAUCUGUACGUGGUCGCCGCCAUCGGGCUCGCCGCGCCACUGAACCUCCCCGUCUUCCGCGCGGGCCUGGAGGCUCAGCUCGCCCGGCACCCCUACUUCCGCAGCAUCCAGGUGGCGGGCAAGGACGGCGCGCCGCGGUGGGUGACCACGGCGGUGAACCUGGACGACCACAUCGUCGUCCCGCGGCUGGACGGCGCCGACCCCGACCGGGCCGUGGAGGACUACCUCGCCUCCCUGACCACGCUGCCCAUGGACCACACGCGCCCGCCGUGGGAGUUCCACUUCCUCGACGUCCGGACCGCCGAGGCGGCCGCCACCGUCGCGCUGCGCAUGCACCACGCCCUCGCCGACGGCGUGGCGCUCAUCACGCUCCUCAUCUCGUCCGCCCGGAGCUCUGCCGACCCGGCAAAGCCCGCGCCCGCGCCGCCGCCGCCGGCCCGCCGCACGGGCGCCAUCUACGCGCCGCCGCGCGCCGCGCUCCUCGUGCGGGUCUGGUCCUACCUCCUGCUCGCGUGGCACACCCUCGUGGACGUUGCUGCCUUUGCGGCCACCAUCUUGUUCCUCAGAGAUCCGAACACGCUGUUCAAGCGAGCAGCAGCGGACCACGGCGAGCCGCGCCGCCGCAUGCGCUUCGUCCACCGGAGCUUCAGCCUUGGCGACGUCAAGUUCAUCAAGAAUGCCAUGAACUACACUGUCAACGAUGUGCUAGUUGGAGUGACUUCCGCCGCUCUAUCACGAUAUUUCUUCCGAAAAACCGGUGACACAAAGACGAGGGGAAUAGUCUUGCGAUCAAUACUCCCUGUCAACACAAGGCCAACCACUAGCCUACAAACGGAUGUUGAUAUGAUAGAAUCUGGCAAGAGCAAUGCUGUGAGAUGGGGAAACCGGCUGGGCUACAUCAUCCUUCCAUUUCAUCUAGCCAUGCACGAUGAUCCGCUCGAAUACGUUCGCAAGGCAAAACGGGUUAUAGUUAGGAAAAAGAAUUCACUAGAAGUGAUCAUCAUACAUAUGGCUAUCGAAAUUGUCUUCAAAAUACUUGGCCCAAAGCAGGCGGGGGCUUAUAUCUUCAAUAGUGUGCUCAGAAAUACAACCAUGACUUUCUCAAACUUGAUUGGGCCACCUGAAAAGAUAGAGUUAUGUGGGCAUCCAGUUGCCUACAUUGCACCUAGCGUCUACGGGCUUCAACAGGCUCUUACGGUGCACAUCCAAAGUUAUUGCGACACUAUCAAAGUCAUUCUAGCAGUUGAUGAGGAACAAUUUCCAGACCCUCGUCAACUUUUGGACGACUUUGCAGAAUCCCUCAACCUUACCAAGGAUGCGGCUGCGAAGGCUUCAACGAAAUUGAUUAAGAACGAGUAAGGGAUGGAGGAACCAUAUUGGUGAAUUAAUGCUCAAGCUGAAGAGCGAGAUACAUCUGUACUUACUGCUACUGGUUGUGUGUAACACAUUAAUAUAUGUGACGUUGAGUAACUACAAAUAAAUAUACUGAUCAAAACAACAA